AUGGAACUGUCAAAUCCAUAUUUAGUAGGAGCUGUUUCAUUGCUUGAAUCAUUAGGAAAAAAAAUUAUUGUUCAACUUCGGGAUGAUGAAGCAAUUGAAAGAAUUUUUGUAGAUAAGUAUUACGGAGAUAUUCCAAGAGGUGUUUAUCUUAUUCGUGGAGAGAAUGUAAUUUUAGCUGCUGAAAUUGAUGAGUCAAAAAAAGUAAAUUUAGAAGAGGUUGAUCCAACAUUAAUUUUGACAAUGUGUGAUGAAAAAAUUGAAGAAACAAGAAUUGAAUAUGAAAGACGUGCAAAACUUUUGGGUGAGAAAGGUAUUUUAAUUGGUGAACAACAAAUUAGGGGAAAAGAAUUAAUGUUAGAGAAUAUGUAUUAG